AUGGGAUUUGAGCUUGAUCGUUUCAACACUGAUGUGGACCUAGAUCUAACGUGCAGUCUGUGUCAUAAAGUUUUAGAAGAUCCGCUCACCACGCCGUGCGGGCACGUAUUCUGCGCCGGGUGUGUGAUUCCCUGGGUCGCACAACAGAGCAGUUGCCCAGCCAAGUGUCAACGGGUCAACGCCAAAGAGCUAAAUCAAGUUUUGCCUCUGAAAAAUUUUAUCCUCAAGCUGGACAUCAAAUGCGAUAACCAUGAAAAAGGCUGCAAAAGAAUAGUUAAACUUCAACAUCUGUCUGAACACGUGAAAUCGUGCGAAUUUUCUCCAUCAAAAUGCAGAAAUAAAGGAUGCAACGCAGUACUGAAUCCGAGGGACAUGAGCGUUCAUAUACUUGAGAGCUGUGAGUUUACACCGGUAGAGGUUUGCGAAAAUGGAUGUGGUUUGAUGGUCGUUUUGAAAGAAAAGAAAGCGGACAAUCACUGUUGUUUAAAUGCCCUUAAAGCACACAAUGAUGCUCUUAAAAUGAAAAUAACAGAUUUGGAACGAGGGUUAAAGCGUCAGUCUCUGAAAUCUAGCAAACGUGAAAAAUCUCUUUGGGGGCAGCUCUCCGCUUUUCUCAACGAGCUUCAGGUGACUAAACGGCGAUUUCAAAAGGAAAUAAGUGAAUACAAAGCAAGAAUCGACUCACUCGUAAAUGGGCAUGUUUAUCUCAGUAAGGCCAAUGAGACGAAAAGUCUUAGAGUCACCCUUCAUCGGGAAUCAGGCUCCCUCGGCUUCAGUCUUAUUGGCGGAAGAUCGUGUGGGGAUCCUGAAGAUGACAGCCAAGUCUAUGAUGGGAUCUAUGUUUCUAAGAUUUUGGAAAAUGGACCAGCAGAUAGAGAGGGAGGACUCUGUGUUUAUGACAGAAUCAUGGAGGUUAAUGGGAGGAAUGUAGCCCAUGCCACACAUGAGGAGGCUGUGGAAGCAUUUCGGACUGCCUCAGAGCCCCUUGAGGUACUGGUUCUGCGCCACACGACCCACUCCAUGGUCACUACCACCCUAUCCCCACAGGCCAGGGGAGUGGACAGCAGCACCCAGACUGACAUCACACUUCAGCACAUAGAGGCACUGUCCAAAUGUCCCGCCUCCACUGUGGCUUUGAGAGCACUGGACUUAGCCCAGCCCAGAGAAUGCCAAAUAUCAUGCAGUGAGAAGGAUUACUGUAGUGGACACCAAAAGAGCAUGCAGACAGGUCUAGGGAGAGGACAGCUUGAGCAUGAGACUGCGGGCCUACACCGAAAGACCAGUCAGGACAAGUUGGGAUUGACACUGUGUUACAGGACUGAGAGUAAUAAAAUUCAGACAGACGUCUAUGUGAGUGAGAUCGACCCGAAGGGUAUUGCAGCUAAAGAUGGUCGGGUGAGAACAGGUGACCAAAUAAUCCAGGUUAAUGCUGUGGACAGUCAUGAGGAUGCUGUUGGCCUGCUAAGCAGAGAAGACAGCAGAAAUGUUUGUUCACUUUUGGCUCGACGUCAAGCCCAGCUGGAUGAUGAGUGGCUGCUGCAGGAGAACAGGGACCAUUUUCUAGAUCACCCUCACAUGGACGUACUGGAGCCCCAGGAACAUCAGGCCAUGCUCCAACAGGAAGGCCAUGAGGAUGAUGAUGGUACCACUGACACGAUUCUAUCAAACCACCUUGAAAAAGAUAGCGGAGUGGGACGGACAGAUGAGAGCACCCGGAACGAUGAGAACUCAGAACAAGAGAACAUUCCUGACGACCAAAGUUCUGCAUCCUUCACUAUGGGAACCUGGAAAAGUCUGGAAAAUGGUCUCAGCACCCUCGACAGCAGUGACAUCCGGCUCACCAAUGAGUCCUAUCUCUCUGUGGACCACGGAGAUGGAGAAUUCCCGGAUAUACCUGAAAUGGAGUGUGAGCGAUUCAGAGAGUUGCUGGAACUUAAGUAUCUGGUGAAUGGCACUUGUGGCAGUGCCCGACACAGUGAAGAGAUGGAUAGUCUGGACUAUGAGGAUGAGGACAUGGAACUGCUGAAUGAAGAACUGCGGAAUGUUGAGUUGGAGUGUCUGAGUAUUAUUCAGGCACAGAACAUGCAGGAGAUACAGGAUGGACCAAACCACUGGGAAUCCUUGAUCUACCAAGAUCCUCUUGAUCAAACCAGAACUGAAAGACACCACCACAGACUGAAAGAACCCACUGGUGUGCCCCCAAAAAUGCACAAAGACACUUCCAGAACCAAUAAGUCCUCUACAGGACAAAACAUUUUCAACACUAAGUUAACUUUAGAGCGUACUGCAGAAGACUCUCUGAGUACCGGCACAGAGGACCAGGGCAAAGGUUCCGUCACACACAGACUCAAACCCAGCACAGCACAGUUGUCCAAACAUCAUCUGUCCCACAUCCAAAAGACCAAUUCCAUCAAGACACACCUACCAUCAGCUGAGCCUGAGGCAACCAAUCAGUUGACAGGAAAGGAUAAACACUUUGCUAAGCCUGGCAGUAAGCACUUUAAAUCCUCUCAUUCUCACUCCCCAUAUAAAUACGCCCUCAUCCCUGCCCAUGCUCAACACUACCAGAGCUACAUGCAACUGAUCCAGCAGAAAUCAGCCGUGGAGUAUGCUCAGAGUCAGGCUAGUCUAGCCAGCUUCCGCGAUAACCUGGAGACCUCCACCAGCAGUAACAGGCCCAAGCAGGAGUGGAAGGUUAAGAUACGCAGCGACGGCACACGCUACAUCACCAAAAAGCCAUCCAGGGAACAGCUCCUAAGAGAGCGUGCCUUACGGAUCAAGGAGGAACGCAGUGGAAUGACCACAGAUGAUGACGCAGUCAGCGAACUCAAGAUGGGUCGCUACUGGAACAGAGCGGAAAGAAGACAACACGUAAUACAGGCCAGGGAGCGUCGAGACUUUAUGAAACAGACUCGUCUGUGUAAUGAGAAAGAACAGGGAGGCAGUAGAGCAGAGAAGAAAGAGCCCGAUAUCAUACAGCUAAGCCACAGGAAGAUGAUGAGAAAAAGAAACAAGAAGAUCCUGGACAACUGGAUGACAAUACAAGAACUACUGACACAUGGCAUGAAGUCCCCUGAUGGAACCUGUCUGGACAAUGCUCUGCUCUCUGUAACAGCAGUGUGA